GAAUGAUAUCACUGAUACGUCAAAUUUGGAAAUCACUGCACCAUGUCUGCUCUUGGACUUUCUGAAAGCGUCACUGAAGCUUUGAAUGUUGUAACUCUGAUAAAAUAACUUCUGAAGAGGAGUCGCGUGAUAUUCUUUGAAGUCUUGGUAAUAUGAUGUCUCUGCUAUAGUAUAUAGACAACCACGUAACCGCCAUAGACUGGGCCCAUUUCUGAUCCAUUGUUUAUUUGAUUGAUCAGUGUAUGAAUGUUGCAUAGGUGUCUGGUAUGAUAUCUGCCACAACGUUGGAUCAAUAUAAAUACGAGUGUCCGUCCUGUGUGGGAGCAAUAUUUGUGACUAGCUGGAUGUUAUUAAUAGUAUCUCUGUCACAGAUUCCUAACUCUUGUUCAUGAUCACCCAGACUGCACACGCAGUAGUGAAGGAAGACGUCAAACGUUGAAAGGAAAAAGGUUGUGUCAGUAAUGAUGGAAUCAUUUGCACAGAUCAGAUUUCAAGCUGGACUCUAUGUGCCUGUUAUUUUGGUAUUAUUUGUUGAUUUUUCCUGUUCAAGUGAGUUCCGUGAGAAACUUUUCACAGCAAUGUCCGGAUGUUCCGAAGGUGUCAUUCUUCCGGUGACUCCUGUCAACUCUGAUGUAGUAGAAUCUCAAGGUCAGUGUUUGGCAAACUGUCUUGGAGAUUCCAGCUGCAUGUCCGUCAACCUCUGUGAUGAUCCCCAGAGCAGACAAGUGUGUCACAAACUACCUGAGACAUCAAACGGGUCGUGUUCCGAUCUGCAGACGGCCCCUGGGUGUGUCUUUCUAGAGCCGGUGAAUGUGUGCCAACACGGAGGAACAUACAACGACGCCGUGUCCAGAUGUGACUGUUAUGAUGACUUCACGGGACCCUACUGUGAGAGGCGAUACAGGGACUGUUCCGAGGCCUACGAAGGUGGAAUGCGAGGGGGAUCAUCCGACUUUCGAAUUAUCAGUAUCCGGCCACUGAAUGCUCCGAGGGAGUACGAGGUAGAAUGUUAUCUUGGCCACACAGGGUGGACGGUGGUCGAAGAACGACGAUCUGACUGCCAGAACGACUACAACAAGACAUGGGCUGAAUACAAGACUGGAUGGAUCACGCCAUGCAACAGAUGGCUCGGACUUGAAGCUCUUCACUUCAUCUCAAACCAACGAAGAGCAGAUUUCGAUAUGACCGUGCGUGGAACUGGUGCACUAAACGGACAACACUACUACACUUAUUUCAAGAUUGGCGAUGAAGCCAGUGGGUACACUCUAACCUACACUGGUAACCAUAAGCAUGUCUCUAAAGCCUCGGGGAAUGGGUUUGGGUACGGCGAAGGGGACAAGCACAUCAAUGGUCAGAGGUUCGCCACGUGGGACCACCCCGACCCCUCGGGAUGUGCUGUAAGCGGUGGGGCAGGGUGGUGGUACGCGAACGACUGCCCUCAGACAAAUCUCCACAAGAAGUUCGAUACCAAUGCGUCGGCGUCGAACAUGGCUCAAUGGCCAGCCGGCAAUGACCUUCUGGAAAAAGUAGAUUUUGUGAAAACAAAGAUUAAAGUGUUUUGGUAGCAGACCGUCUAAUAAACUAAGACUGUUGUCCCACAAAUAGAGCACAAGUCGUGUUUCGAAUCCAUCAUAAAUAAACACCUUACCGAAAACCAACCAUUGCACAUGGCCAGUGCUUGGUACACCAUAGGGGUAGCUACCAUUAUAUAAAAGCCUUACACAUGAUUGUUGCUGAAAGGGUUGUACAAGCACUCAAUACUCUCUAAAUACAAAGCUUUGCAACCUUUUGGGUGCGAAAAAACUGACUUGCCACUCGCCUGCACACUGCCCUUCUACAACGCACUGUGGUCUUCACAUAUUGAUGGUACAUGUAUGUCUGUGUGACUCAUACACAGUGAGACAAAGGUCGGUCUGUACUUAUUGUUAUCUGGGAAUCUGGAUGUUUUGGACAGGACCUGAAAUAAUUGUUAAUUCAAUUAUCGCUCAUUCGAGUUCUAUUCAUGAAAAAUGCAGGCAAACAAUCUUGGUAUUACAAUUCAGUUUCUAUCUUAUUGCUUCUGGGUUAAACCGUUUGGCAAUAAUAUGCAUAUUAGCAUUGGUCACGAACAAAUCCAUAGAACAGAAGUACGGACACCGGUCACAUACACAUCCAUAGAACAGAAGUACGGACACCGGUCACAUACACGUACGUACAAUUAAGCGCGUGCAGAAGUAUUUUAGUUCUAGUUAUGUAAGAAUGCAAUUCGCUGUAAAUAAUCAACCCUUGGUGUAUAUUUCUGUAGACUGUCGAACCCAAUAUCUUAACUUGAACCUGUGAGGCAUAAAACAAAAGUGAAUGUUCCCACGAAUCAUUGAAGGACAACC